GGCAGGAAUUAGUGAUUUCUGUAUUUGCUGUUUUUCUGUUUUCUGUUACUGCAUCCAAGUGUAAAUUUUUAGAAGAAUUUAAUUUGAAUGGACUGUUCAAAUCUGGGGAUUUUAUAUUUGGAGGAAUAUGUGUUAUGAACUUUGAAACAAAAGCUCCAGCGUUACAUUUCAAAGCAAAGCCUGAACAAUGGAAGUGUGAGAGCUAUGAAGUGUCAGUAUUUCAAAGAGCCCAGGCAAUGGUGUUUGCUAUUGAGGAGAUUAAUCAAAAUCCAAAUAUUCUUCCUAAUAUUACAUUAGGUUUUCAAAUAUAUGACAAUUGCAAUAACAUUGCAGUUGCUCAUCGAGCUGGCACUGCUUUGUUUGAUGGAGUAAGCAGUACAAACACUGUGUCUGAUGAUAACUGCAUGGGGAGCGCUCCUGUGCUUGCCAUUGUUGGUGAUGCCAGGUCUUCACAUUCAAUUGCUAUAUCUAGGACAAUGGGGGUCUUCCAGAUGCCUCUGGUCAGCUACUUUGCCACCUGCACGUGUUUAAGUGAUAAACAUGAGUUCCCAUCAUUCUUCAGGACAAUCCCAAGUGACGCUUUUCAAGUGAAAGCCAUAAUAAAAAUUCUGAAACAUUAUGGAUGGGUAUGGGUCGGUGUAAUAGCAACCGAUGAUGAUUAUGGUCACUAUGCACUGAAUGCCAAUGUUAUUAUUGCAUUUGCUGCAGAAGAAGAAUUAAAUUACUUGGUUAAUGAAGUUGUUGUACAAAAUAUCACUGGCAAACAGUGGAUCGCAAGUGAAGCAUGGAGUACAUCAAAUUGUUUAGCAAGCAGUGCAUUCUACAACUCAUUUGGUGGGACUUUAGGCAUUGCCAUCCGCAGCGGAGAAAUCCCAGGACUUGAACACUUUUUUCUUCAGGUUCGUCCCAAUUUAAGACCUGAAAAUAAUUUAGUUGUUCAGUUUUGGGAAACAAUGUUUCAGUGCAAAUUUCAGCAAAACCUAAGCCGAGAAAAUACUAAUAGUAAACCAUGCACAGGAUCAGAGGACAUAAAAAACAUGAAAACAGCAUAUAGUGAAACAGCAGAGAGAUCUACAUAUACAAUUUACAAAGCAGUGUAUGCCCUGGCACACGCUCUUCAUAACUUGAUAAAGUGUGAAAAUGGAAAAGGUCCAUUUAAAAACAAUACUUGUGCAGACAAAGAUAAUGUGCAACCUUGGCAGCUCACUCAUUAUCUGAGGAAAGUGAACUUUACAAACCAUUUAGGUGAACGUGUUGCUUUUGAUGAAAAUGGUGAUCCUCUUGCUCUCUAUGACAUAGUCAACUGGCAACGUACUAAAGAUGGAACAUUCGUUGUAAAGACUGUUGGCAUUUUUGAUGCAUCAAGCCGAGAUGAAGAAAAACUGACCAUUUCUGAAGAUCUUAUAUUCUGGAAUUCAAACUCUUUAAGAGCUUUUAAAGUGGUUGGCCAAUGGGGACUGGUCAACAGGUUAAAAAAAUCUCAGCCAUGCUUCAGCUCCAUCAUGUCCCCUAUGCUGGAAGCCACAAACAACCGACAAGACAAGGUAACUGAUUAA